GUUAGGGUUUUGUAUGUGCUUCACCCUCCCUCAUAUAUAUACUCUUUCUUCCGUCAUUUUCUACUAAAGAUCAUCGUAGUAUACUCUUCUUCUUUCCCUCUUGCAUCCAAUUUCUAAACUCUAAACUAUCCAAAAUGGAGCAGACUUUCAUCAUGAUCAAGCCUGAUGGUGUCCAAAGGGGACUGGUUGGUGAAAUCAUCAGCAGAUUUGAGAAGAAGGGUUUCUCUUUGAAAGCUUUGAAAUUUGUGAAUGUGGACCGCCAAUUUGCCGAGAGCCAUUACGCAGAUUUGUCUGCAAAGCCCUUCUUCAGUGGUUUGGUUGACUACAUUAUUUCCGGACCCGUGGUUGCUAUGGUCUGGGAGGGUAAGGGUGUUGUGCUAACCGGAAGGAAGAUCAUCGGAGCCACCAACCCUCUUGCUUCUGAGCCUGGUACCAUCCGUGGCGAUUUUGCCAUUGACAUUGGCAGAAAUGUCAUCCACGGAAGUGACUCCGUUGAGAGCGGAAACAAAGAGAUUGCUCUGUGGUUCCCUGAGGGUGUUGUCCACUGGCAGAGCAGCCUCCACUCAUGGAUUUAUGAAUAGACUUUUACCAGCUUGAAAUAUUUUACUUGCCACAACCUCUAGAACUUAAUUAGUUAAGACUUGUCAAUUUCUUGAGAAAACAGUGUUGGUUGGUAAUUCUAUCCUUUUUUUCUUCGUUUGUGAUUCUGUUUCGUGCUGUUGCCUUUAAUGUAUGUUUGCGGGAGAGUUUGGUGACUGGUUAUACUAUUAAAUGAAAUAUUUUGAUCGUGUUUUUGCUCCGUA